AUGCGAAACGCGAAUAUUGCCAACGGCGCUUUUGUGUCUCUCUCCCUUGUCCCUGCACCAGGUAUAUGUACCCAAGUGUACAGUGUGCGUACAGCGAAAAUCCCGUCCGCGGUUGCCGACGACGUCACGGCAUACGCGAUCUGGGAACACUACGGAGACGACGAUGGCGGUUCGGGAGCGGCGGCGGCGGCGUCACAGUCGGCGACGGCGGCGGUGGCGGUGUCGGCUCUUCCCGGUCAUCCCUUUCGUUUCCAGGACCGGCCGGGAGUGGUGGACCCGUUGCGCGCGCACCGCGACACGACAACGCCACCGCCACCGCCGCCAUAG